AUGAUUCCUCGUAUUGCGGGCCUUGCCCUCCUCGCCUCGAGCGCCCUGGCUCAGUCUUGCACUGGCUCGGCAUACACUUGUGUUAGCCCUGGUGUCUCGGCCUCGUACACCAUCUGCCUCAAUGGUGGACUCAUUACGAUGAGCUGCGGUGCCGGCACAGCCUGCUACCAGAACGGCGCCAGUGUGUACUGCGACUUCCCCGGCAAGGGUGUUACUACCACCACAACCACCACAACUACCACUACCACUACCAAGUCUUCAACCACCAAGUCCUCUACUACCAAGAGCAGCCUCACCACCACCAGCAGCUCGACAACCACCUCCCCUUCCAAGACAACCACUACCACCACCACCACUACUACUACUACUACCACACCCUCUAAGACCACCACCACCACUUCUGCCUCCCCCACCGGCACCCUCCAGCCCUGCACUACCCUUUGGGAUCCAACCAUCGAUUAUUUGCAGGGGGCCAGAGUCACCUACAACGGCCAUCUCUACCAGGCCAACUACUACGCCAACAAGGGCACCACUCCCAAUGGUACCAGUGGCACCUGGGCUGAUCUCGGUCCCUGUGAUGUUUCCACCAUCCCGACUUUCACUCCCCGUCCCGCCCCGAACUAUGGCGGCGGCAACGUCGGUGUUGUCGGCUACUGGCCCGACUGGGGUCUCUACACCCGUUCCCAGAACAACCCCAAUGUGAUCAAUGUCUCCAAGGUCAAUGUCCUGAACUACGCCUUCUUCGGUGUCAAGUCCGAUGGUACCCUCUACAGUUACGAUCCCUGGGCCGAUUUCGGUGGAAGCAGCGCCACUGCUCCUUGGACCAUUGACCCCUACAGUGGUCAGAACAAGGGCAUUGCCAACUUCAUGGCUGCCCGCGCUGCCAACCCCAACCUCCGCACUGUCAUCUCGGUUGGUGGCUGGUCGCUCUCUGGCACCUUCUCGGAUGUUGCUGCCAGCUCCACUGCCAUCAACAACUUUGCCACCCAGGUCGUUGCCUUCCUCGACCAGUUCUGGAUCGAUGGUCUCGAUCUCGACUGGGAGUACCCCGGAGGUGGCGGUCUUCCCUGCAACCACGUCAACGCCAACGAUGCUGCCAACUUUGUCAACCUCCUGGCUGCGCUUCGCCAGGCUCUUGGCCCCAGCCGUAUUCUCUCGAUUGCCGCUUCUGCUGAGCCCUCGCGUUACUACGUCAACGGCGUCAACUACCUGACCCAGUACGCCAAGUACCUUAGCUACUUCCAGGUCAUGACCUACGAUUUCUACGGUUCCUGGGUCCCCUACACCGACUUCAACUCUCCUCUUCAGCUCCCUGGUGCCAGCGACCCCCAGCGCCCUGCCGGCAACCUCCAGUUCGGAAACGUUCAGUUCUCGAUUGCCACUGCCAUGAACAACUACACUGCCAACGGUGUUGCCAAGAACCAGCUUGUUGGUGGUGUUGCCUUCUACGGUCGCUCGUGGGGUAUCACUGCCUCUGAAGCCACCGUCAACAACGGUCUCUUCCAGCCCUGCAACCAGGCCGGUCAGAGUGCCACCAACCCCACUGCUUGCCCUCCCAUCCAGGGUGAUCAGCUCGAUGCUCUCUGGACCGAUCCUUGCGGCAGCUCCUAUGUCUCUGGUGUCUGGAUGUACUUGAACCUCCGCUCCCAGGGUGUCCUCACCACUCCCACCACCGCUGGCUCCAGCUGGACCCGCACCUGGUGGAACUUUGCCCAGAGCCCCACCAUCACCGACGGUACUCGCUUCAUCUCCUACGAUGACACUACCUCGAUUGCUGCCAAGACCGCCUGGCUCAAGUCCAACGGCUACAGUGGCACCAUGUUCUGGGAGCUCUCUGAGGACUACAAUGGCGAGCUCCUCUCCAGCCUUACGUCCGCCUGGGGCAACUAA